GGUGGCGGCGGGCGGCGAGGAGCGGGCAGGCGGCGCCAUGCGCUGCCGCAGCCCCGUCUGGGCGCAGGCGGCAGCCUUGUGCAACCAACAUGGCUGCGGGCGGCCGCGAAUGAAAGGAGGCGCUUGGAGCUGAGGCCGUCUCCCCCCUCCUCCGCCGCCACCACUCCUCCUCCUCCUCGCCCCGCGGCCCUGGGGCCGUGUGGCCUGCAGCGAGCGGGGCAGAGAAGUUGGCUGCGCCGCCCCGCAGCAGGCGGGGGUGCCGGCUGCCCGGGAGGCGGCGGUAGCAGCAGCAGCGACCCCCUCCCGUGGCUCCCCCUGCCCUUUUCCCGGGGGGCAGCGGCAGGAGGAGGGGAAGAAGAAGAAGGAGAAGUUGUCUCGCCGCCCGGGGGGCGCCGGCUGCAGGAGGACGAGGAGCGGCCGACCCCCGUGCGCCGCAGGGAGGCAGUGCCAGAGCCGCCCUCGGCCCGGCCCGGCCCGGCCCGGCCCCGGCCCGGCGCCGCUUCCCCGGGACGAAGUUCGGCGGCGGCGGCGGCGCCUUCCCGGGGCCGGGGGGCGAAGUUUGGCCGUCGGCCGCCAUGGAGCCGAAGCACAAGGAGCUGCUCGCCCAGUGCCGCCAGAGCCUGGCGCAGGCCAUGACCGAGGUGGACAAGGUGGUGGAGCUGCUGGAGGCCGCCGGCGCCCUCGGCCCCCGCGACCUGCGCGACCUGGAGGCGGCGGGCGGCGGCAAGGCCGAGCUGCUCAUCGCCCUGCUGCUGGCCAAGGAGCGGGACCACUUCCAGGACCUGCGGGUGGCCCUGGAGAAGACGCAGCCCCACCUGCUCUCCAUCCUCUACCUCAACGGCGUCCCCGGGGCGCCGACAGCGGCGGAGGAGACGGCGGGAUCUACUUACAGUGUGCUGUCCAUAAUGCCUUCUGAUUCUGAAAGCAGCAGUUCUCUGAGUAGCAUUGGUACAACUGGUAAAGCGUCAUCUCCACCACCUGUAACAGACACAAGACAGAUGAGCGAGAAGCUGGAGACGAUACUAUUUCAGCUCCGUCAGGUAACUCGAGAGAGGGAUGAGCUGCGCAAGCGACUUGCACUUUCAUCUCCUGGAUCAACUUUUGAUGACUGCAGGCCUAGUCCAAAACCUAAUCAUGACUAUGAAAGGCUGAAAAUUCAGUGCAUGAAGGCCAUGUCAGACCUUCAGUCUCUGCAGAAUCAACAUACCAAGACACUAAAAAGGUGUGAAGAAGCAGCAAAAGAGGCAGAUUUUUAUCACACAUUGCACAGUCGGCUGCUGAGUGACCAGUCACAGCUGAAGGAGGACAUGGAUACCUUGAAGAGGAAAAACACACAGUUGGUGCGAGAACAUAAUCAUCUCCAGCAGUCAUGUGAGGAAAUGAAAAGACUUCAUGACGAGGAUCAGAAAGAGAUAACAGAUCUACGCAGCCAGCAGCAGCUGGUUAUGAAGCAAAACGGGUCAUCAGAGAUAUUAAAUAAGCUCUAUGAUACAGCAAUGGACAAGCUAGAAGGUGUGAAGAAGGAUUAUGAUGCCUUAAGGAAGCGGUACAAUGAGAAGAUAGCAAGUCACAAUACAGAUCUUAGCCGUCUAGAACAGGCUGAGGAGGAGAACAGACGUCUUCAGAAACAGAUUGACAUGUUAAUGAAGCAAAGGGACACAGCAAUUCAUUUUCAACAGCAAUAUUCAUCCUCUCUCAGAAGAUUUGAGUCAGUACAGCAGGAACUAAGCAACGCCACAGCACAAAACAAAGAGUUGCAGAGAGAGAUGGAGCGAUUACAGUCAGAGGUGACAAGGUUCAAAACAAUGCAGCUGAAAGCAGCAAAGGAUGCAGAAAAAUACAAGGAAGAAAGGGAUUCAGUUUUCAAUGAAUACCGCCUCAUAAUGAGUGAGAGGGAUCAGGUAAUCAAAGAGGUAGAUAAGCUUCAAACAGAGCUGGAGCUUGCAGAGUCCAAACUGAAGAACACCUCUUCGGAGAAACGAGUGGCUAGUGAAGAGAUGGAAGCUUUGAGACAGGAGCUGAACUCAGCUCUAGUAGAAAGAGAUCGAGCAAUUUGUGAGAGGAAUGAGUUGCUGGAAAAAUACUGUCAUGAAGUGAAGGACAAAGCUGAGGCCCAGAAGGAACUUGAUCAAGCUUGCAAGGAUAUAGAGACGGUGAAGGAAGAAAGAGAUGUUGCCAGGAAAGAGAGGACAGAAGCUAUCAUCCAGAGAGACCAUCUACUAAGGGAAUACUAUCAAGCCCGUCAGAUACAAGAUUCUGCUACACUAGACAUAGAAAGAGCAAACAAAGAAAUUGAAAUGCUUCGGAAACAAUAUGAGGCAAUGUCACAAGAGCUAAAGGAAGCUGUCCAGGAAGCAGAAGUAGCCAAGUGUAGGAGAGAUUGGGCCUUUCAAGAGCGGGAUAAGAUCGUUGCAGAAAGGGAAAGUAUACGGACUUUGUGUGACAACUUAAGGAGAGAGAGAGACCGGGCUGUGAGUGACUUGGCUGAAGCUCUUCGCAAUCUGGACGACAUGAGAAAGCAGAAAAAUGAUGCUGUGCGUGAACUGAAGGAACUGAAGGAGAAGAUGGAGAAUCAAUUGGAAAAGGAGGCCAGAUUCCGUCAAUUGAUGGCUCAUAGUUCCCAUGACUCAGCCAUAGACACAGAUUCUCUGGAAUGGGAAACAGAAGUGGUAGAAUUUGAAAAAGACAGAGACGAUAUGGACUUGAAAGCACUUGGUUUCGAUGUGGCAGAAGGUGUGAAUGAACCAUACCUCCCUGGAGACUGUGGGAUCUUUGUUACCAAAGUAGACAAAGGAAGUAUUGCGGAUGGUCGAUUAAGAGUGAAUGAUUGGUUGCUGAAGAUAAAUGAUGUGGAUCUUACUAAUAAGGAUAAAAAGCAAGUUAUAAAAGCUGUUCUAAAUGGAGGAGGUGUUAUUAACAUGGUGGUUCGAAGAAGGAAGUCCUUAGGUGGGCGAGUGAUAACACCUCUUCACAUCAAUGUUUCUGGGCAUAAAGAAAGUGGGGUCAGCCUGGAAAAUGGAGUAUUUGUUGCUGCUGUUGUGCCUGGAAGCCCAGCUGCCAAAGAGGGUUCCCUUUCUGUGGGAGACAGAAUAAUUGCUAUCAAUGGCAUUGCACUAGAUAAUAAGUCACUUACUGAAUGUGAAGCUUUGCUACGAAACUGCAGGGAUUCUCUUACCCUGUCACUGAUGAAGGUAUUUCCUCAGAGUUCAUCUUGGAGUGGUCAAAAUAUAUUUGAAAAUCUGAAGGAUUCAGAAAAAAUAUCAAAUUGUAGGGUUCAUGCGUCAGAGAUACAAGCCCAAAACAAAAGGAAUCUUAAACUCAACUGCUCAACACAAACUGACAUUUUCAAUCCAGACAUCAUGGAUGGCAAGAAGGACCAGAGUGAUCAGGGCAGUCGUUCGUUUUGUGAUCACAAACCCUUCCCUAAUAAUACCUUACGAGUAGACUCUCACAGGAGCACAAUGCACAGUUGCCACAGUAAUUCAGAACACAGUCUCAGUUCCUUCAGCCCAGAGGCAUACGGGGACCGAGGCUAUGGAGUUGUUGACUUGGACAACAAGAGGCUGCCUUAUGAACCUACAGGAACUGACUGUAUGAUGGUCGAGACCACAUUUGACAAAGGACAUGGUGCUAAGCAUAGUGGUGGUACCUGGCCAAAAGUCAUGGUUAAUAUCUCAGCAACAGAAACAGAAAAGUUCUCUGUUUAUAAAAAGCCAAAACAAAGGAAAUCUAUUUUUGAUCCUGAUACUUUCAAAAGACCACCAACUCCUCCUAAGCUGGAGUACCUUUCUCCUAAUCAGGUGACGGGACAUUCACCUCAGCCAUCAAAAGCUGAAGUGGCUUCAACUCCUCCAACCCCUCCUAAGAGAAGUGACUCUAUCAAAUUUAAACAUAAACAGCAGGCAAGCUCUGCAUCAGAGUCUACGGUAACAACUGGAUCACCACCCACCAGCCCAGCCACUGCCCAAGCUCCGGUUUCCUUGGCACUUAAGCAGGACUCAGCUACUCUCAAGGGGCGCAGCAGGAACACUGGGCAUUAUUAUCGUGAGGAGGGAAUUGAGUGCACUCAUCUGUCUUCAAGGAAAUCCUGUGAAGAUGACAUUGGCUUUCAAAGAGUUGAAGAGCCAGAGAUUAAAAGACCAAGGCCAAAAUCAGCCCCUGCUCUGAGACAUAAAAUGACCCCUGUGCCCAUUCCUAAUCCUGCCCUUCAGGUGCAGAAGUAUACUCCAGCCAGUGAGGAGCAUCUGUCUCCAGAGCUACAGGAAUGGGCACCAUAUUCACCAAAACGUUCUGCUAGGCACAGUGAUGGCUUUGUGUCUUCCACCUUAUACACUGGAAGCAUGUCAUCAGGUACUGUGCCAAGAAGCUUAGCACCAUGCCCUGCAGUAACUGCGGUCAUGAGAAAUCCUAUCUAUACUGCAUGGAGCCAUAGAGUUCACACCAACAAUUGCCCAUCAGUCGCCAGCCAAAUAUGCCAUCAACAUCUGCAUCCCAGUGCUCAGCAUCAAGGUCGUUUGAGUUUGGACCUAAGUCAUAAACACUCCAAUGAUUACUCUGAAAAUUCACGUACAAGAGCAUCUCAUGGCUCAAAUUCCUUGCCAUCCAGUGCAAGACUUGGUUCUUCAAGUAACUUGCAAUACAGAACAGAACGAAUUAAGAUCCCUUUAACACCAAGAUAUCCAAGGUCUAUCAUGGGCUCUGACAGAGGCUCCUUGUCACACUCUGAAUGUAGCAGUCCCAGCUUGAUAACUCCUCCACAGUCACCUCUUAACUUGGAAACAUCUUCCUUUGCCAGCAGCCAAUCUCAGAACUCCCUUUCUACUUUACCUAGAAUUUCUAUUAGCCCAGUAUCUGUUGGAGAACGUAGAAAAGAUAGAUAUCUGUUCCGUAAUAGGUCUUUUCUGAGAAUCCCUGUGGCUCCUAGGCCUAGGUUCUCAUCACUAAGGAGUUUGAGGCCCUACAUGGAAGAGCCACGUCAUGUAAAAGUGCAGAAGGGUUCUGAGCCACUAGGGAUUUCCAUUGUGAGCGGAGAAAAUGGUGGAAUAUUUGUCUCUAAAGUAACAGGUGGGAGCAUUGCGCAUCAAGCUGGCCUUGAGUAUGGUGAUCAGUUACUAGAGUUUAAUGGAAUAAAUUUGAGAAAUGCUACAGAGCAACAGGCUCGACUAAUCAUUGGACAGCAGUGUGACACCAUUACUAUUCUGGCUCAGUAUAACCCACACAUGUAUCAGCUUGGGAAUCAUUCACGAUCAAGUUCUCGCCUAGAACCUGUGAGUAAUCAUUCCACCCCUCAAGGCAGUGGAGCUGCGACACCUGACAAUCAUUCCGUAAUUGAUACUGUGAGUGAACAAGAUGAAGGAACAAUGACACCCCCAUCCAAGCAAACCACACCAACUACAAGUCCCCGGAGUUCCUUAAGGGGCCCUGUGGACACAAAUAAACGGACCCCUGAACCUAGAACUGUUGUUGUUAAAAAAUCCCAGGUGGAUCUUGGGAUCCAGAUAUGUGGUGGAAACCUCUAUGGAAUAUUUGUGUCAGAUGUAGAUGAUGAUAGCCCAGCAAAAGGACCUGAUGGACUAGUCUUAGGUGACAUGAUACUUGAGUAUGGGUCCAUUGAUAUGCGCAAUAAAACAGCUGAGGAAGCUUAUCUCGAAAUGUUGAAGCCUGGAGAAAACAUCAAAAUAAAGACUCAAUACAGAAUAGAAGAAUUUAAUAAGAUAAAAGAGCUUCCUGGAGAUGGAUUCUAUAUUAGAGCACUUUAUGACCGUCUUGCAGAGGUGGAACAGGAUUUAAGUUUUAAGAAGGAUGACAUUUUGUAUGUUGAUGAUACUCUACCACAAGGAAACUUUGGUUGCUGGAUGGCUUGGCAGCUAGAUGAGAAUGCUCAAAAACUGGAAAGAGGACAGAUUCCCAGUAAAUAUAUGAUGGAUCAGGAAUUCUAUAGGAGACACAGUAUGUCAGAGGCUAAAGAUGAAAACAGCUCAUCUAAGACAUUGUCAGCAGCAGCACGAAGGUCAUUCUUCAGAAGAAAGCAUAAGCACAAGCGAAGUGGUUCCAAAGAUGGAAAGGAUUUACUGGCUCUUGAUACAAUUAGUACAGACUCAAUUCCGUUCUUGGAUGAUUCUACAAGUCUGGCAUAUCAGCGUGUACAGAAAGUGGACUGUACCUCUCCUAGGCCUGUGCUUAUUCUAGGACCAUUACUUGAUGCUGUGAAAGACAUGUUGGUCAAAGAAUCCCCUGGAAAAUUUUGCAGAUGUCCUCUUGAGGUUAUGAAAGCUUCCCAACAAGCCAUUGAACGGGGCGUGAAGGAUUGUCUGUUUAUAGAUUAUAAACGGAGGAGUGGACAUUUUGAUGUGACAACUGUAGCUUCAAUAAAGGAGAUAACAGAAAAGGAUUGUCAUUGUCUGCUUGACAUCGCUCCUCAUGCCAUCGAACGGCUCCACAGUGUUCAUAUCUACCCUAUUGUAAUUUUUAUUCGCUACAAAAAUGCUAAACAGAUCAAAGAACAAAAAGACCCAAUCUUCCUGAGGGACAAAGUUACACAAAAACAUUCCAAAGAACAGUUUGAGACAGCUCAAAAAAUAGAACAGGAAUAUAGCAAGUACUUUACAGGCAUUGUCCAGGGAGGAGCCCUUUCAAGCAUUUGCACUCAGAUUAUGGCAACUGUCGAUCAAGAACAAAACAAAGUCCUGUGGAUCCCAGCUGGCCCACUGUAGAUUUAUUUUGCUGUGAAACCGCUUUGCAGGUGUAAAUAACCAACUAACUUUCUAUCCAAUGGACUCUGUCCAUUUCUGUCUUUAUAAAGAUAUAAGUGAUUUCUGUUUCAUGAAGGGGAACGAUAACACUGAACACAACAAAAAAAACA